AUGUUCGUUCUCACUAGGGCCAUCUUGACCUCGCUCAUGCUUUCAAGCGCUCUUGCAGCCGACUCAGAUCAGAGUGGGGAUAUCCAAGACUGUCCCGGCGUGCGAGUCGUCGACGCUGGCUAUAGCGGCUGCUGUGUUGGCGGUCACAUAGAUACUCCUUAUCUUUCCGUCUGCGAUGGCUGGCCAAUCUGCCAGGGGCCGACUACGACGACGCAGACGACAACACCUCUCAGCUGCGCUACCUUUGUGAGCGAUGGCCCUAGUUACACGGAGGUGAUCGCUAGUAUUAGCGGAAAUCUCCAGGCGAUCACUACAAGCUUCGGUACGACACUUGGUGGCCAGGCCGUACCAACUAUUACAAGCUCUGGGGAGGUAGCGUCAAAGACUUCGGAGGGUGCUGCGGCGGAUUCGGCCCCUCGGAUGGGAUUGGUAGGUGGUGGUAUCUUAGCUGCUGCUGCAGUAGCUUUGAUCUAA